CUCGCAUUUGCCUUCUCUCUAUUGCAGCGACGAGGACAUAUCGUUCAUCCUACCAUGGUGGCGCCAAGUGCUGUGGUCUAUUUUAUUCGGUGGCAUGGUUUUGGUGGCUACAGGCGGAAAUUUAAUUGUCGUUUGGGUUGUUAUGACGACGAAAAGAAUGCGAACCGUUACUAAUUAUUUCAUAGUGAAUCUUUCCAUAGCGGAUGCCAUGGUAUCCAGUCUCAAUGUGACGUUCAAUUAUAUUUACAUGCUGGACAACGACUGGCCUUUCGGUGAACUAUAUUGCAAAAUAUCGCAAUUUAUAGCGACGCUGAGCAUAAGCGCUUCGGUGUUUACACUAAUGGCGAUAUCCAUCGACAGGUACGUUGCCAUUAUGAAGCCGUUGAAACCACGCAUGAGUAAGCGGUGCAAUCUGGGCAUUGCCGCUUUCAUUUGGAUAGCCUCAAUUGCGAUUUCAUGUCCCAUGUUUUUCUUCUUUACAACCGGCGAAGUCGAACUGAAGGAUGGUACCCGAAUUGUAUGCUACGCCGAGUGGCCUGAUGGUCCCACAAAUCACUCGCAACAGGAAAAUGUUUAUAAUAUUGUUUUUAUGAUUCUCACGUAUAUACUGCCCAUCAUUUCGAUGACGGUCACUUAUUCACGAGUCGGCAUUGAACUUUGGGGCUCAAAGACGAUCGGAGAGUAUACACCCAGACAGGUGGAGAAUGUUCGGAGUAAGCGGAGGGUGGUGAAAAUGAUGAUGGUUGUGGUGCUGAUAUUCGCCGUUUGUUGGUUACCCUUUCACAUCUAUUUUAUAAUCACUUCAUGUUAUCCGGCGCUGACACAGACUCCUUUCAUUCAGGAAGUCUAUUUAGGCAUCUAUUGGCUGGCCAUGAGUAACUCCAUGUAUAAUCCAAUUAUCUACUGCUGGAUGAACUCAAGAUUCCGUUACGGCUUCAAGCGAUUCUUUCGUUGGUGCCCAUUCGUUAAGGUCGACGAAUCUCUGAAUCGGCGCGACAAUAUGACUUCCCGGUAUUCCUGCUCGGGUUCACCUGAUCAUAAUCGCAUCAAAAGAAAUGAUACUCAGCGCUCAUUUUUGUACACCUGUCCGAGUUCGCCAAAAAGCCGUCGCGUAGCUUCACAUUAUGGUAUGUUACGUAAUUCCACAAUAGUAUCCCAUCGAGAUCCGUUGCGACACUCCGCGCCAAUUGGCACCARCAACACCGGCGCAUAUCACCAACGYUUCACCAUUAGUCACUGCGGCAAUAGUCACGAGCUUACAUCGCUGUCGUCGUUAAGCGGCGCACCGGGUGCGGGACAAUAUGGCAUCAUAAUGAAAGCUGAACCCAUCAAAGUGGCGCUGCGAAAUGGCAGCACACAACAAGUGKCAUUGCCAUUGUGGCCAGCGACAGUUGAAACAACCGACACCGAAUCAACUGCAACAACACCGCCACUGCUGCCUCCGCCAUCCACACUUGGUGUUGGGGAAGUUGUAGGUGUAGAAGGUUGUCGUGUUGGUGAUGCUGGUGGUGGCGUGUGCCAUGUGGAUGAGACAAACGUGAGUGCCGCAUCUUGACAGURUGAAGGCACACGCAACAACAACAACAGUGGUAGUGUCAAAAUAGUUGCGGAGCGUGAUAAGUACAGCAAUGGUUUAGCAGACGGUUUGGAAUAUAAAAAUGUCAACGGUAGUACAAAAACUUAUGCUAUUAGCAACAGCAGCAGUAACAACAAUAACAACAAGCAUCAGGCGAUAGAUGCCACAGAAAGUGGCAACACAAUAGGUGCCCCAAGAAUAAGCACAACAAAAGCCACAACAACUACACUGCUGUCGACCAACACGCCACGCGGUAUUUUCGUCUCGUCUACGACAGAUGAUAAAACUUGGCUGUAAAUUAGCUGUAUAAGAGAUGGUUUAGUGAAACACGUGCUUGGCAGACGCAGCCCAGUGGGUGACCAGGUUAAAAAACAACAACGCUAGAUUGUCUCGCGUCUCGUGUCUCGUAUGUGAAUAGGCGUGAUAAAAGUUGACAUUGGAAAGUGUAUAACCUGGCAGACGAAAUGAAGAAGAUGUGCUGCGGAGCUCUGGUGAUAUCGUCGCCGAUAACAAUGGACAUAUCUAAUUUUAGAAAAUUUAGUUUAAAAUUUAAAAUAGUAUAAUAAUAAAGGGAGCAAGAGAGUGGUCUGGGUUUUGCUACAAAUAG